UGCCAGAAUCGAAGUGGUCAGAAAAUGACAACAUUGUUAUCUACUUCAACUCUCUCUUCAACAACAAAGCUGAGCCUGAAGCAGCUUCUCAACAAUGACAACAACCCACAUCCGAGACCUCACCUUGUCACAGGAUUUAGUUUAGGCAGAAACCACAAACACACCCAAAAGGUUUCAUUCAUAUGUUUAGCUGUAAACAAUCAACAAGGGAUUGAAACAGUCCAGAAAGUUAGUGGGAAGAUUACUAGGAGGAGAAAUGCCCCAGUUUUGAGUGAUGGAAGAGAUGAGGAUGAGAGCUAUGGCCCUGUUUGCCCUGGCUGUGGAAUUUAUAUGCAAGAUCACAACCCUGACCUUCCUGGGUUUUAUAAGCAAAAGAAGUUGACUGUCUCAGGAUUGUCAGAUGUUGAAGAGUUCGAUGAGGAAGAGGAUGAUAGUGUUGAGGAAAUUGAGGGUAGUUAUGAAGAAAGUGAUGAGGAGGGUAGUGAAUUAGAACUGGGGGAUGAUGAGUUUGACUGGGAUUCAGAUGCCCUCGAAGCUAAGUUAUUGGGGAGAGAGGAAGAGAAUGAUUUGGAUUUGGAUGGUUUUGCGCCUCCGGGAGUUGGGUAUGGUAACAUUAAAGAGGAGACAUUAGAGAAAAUGAAGAGGAAGAAGAUUCCGAAAGCCGAAAAGAAAAGAUUGGCCAGAGAGGCUCAGAAACAGAAAGAUGAGGUUACUGUGUGUGCCAGAUGCCAUUCAUUGAGAAAUUAUGGGCAGGUGAAGAACCAGGCAGCCGAAAACCUGAUGCCAGAUUUUGAUUUCGAUAGGUUGAUUGCAACAAGGUUGAUUAAACCUGCUACAAAUGGUAAUCCUGUUGUGGUUAUGGUUGUUGAUUGUGUUGAUUUUGAUGGCUCGUUCCCUAAACGGGCAGCGAAGUCAUUGUUUGAAGCGUUGAGAGGGACCGAAAAUGAUCCCAAGUUUAGAAAAAAGCUGCCAAAGCUUGUGCUUGUGGCAACAAAGGUUGAUCUCCUCCCAUCACAAGUUUCACCUUCUAGAUUAGAUAGAUGGGUACGCCAUCGUGCCAAGGCUGGAGGGGGGCCUAAACUAAGUGGAGUGUAUUUGGUUAGUGCUCAUAAAGAUAUGGGUGUCAGGAAUUUGUUGUCCUUUCUCAAAGAAUUGGCAGGUCCUCGAGGGAAUGUGUGGGUUGUUGGAGCACAAAAUGCAGGCAAAUCUACUCUUAUAAAUGCGCUGGCAAAGAAAGAAGGGGCAAAGGUUACAAAGCUAACUGAAGCUCCAGUUCCUGGCACGACAUUAGGGAUACUGAGAGUUGGAGGGAUUUUGUCGGCAAAGGCAAAGUUGUUUGACACUCCAGGACUUUUACAUCCAUAUUUGGUGUCCAUGAGAUUGAAUAGGGAUGAACAAAAAUUGGUUGAAAUACGGAAGGAGCUUCGCCCUCGGACUUAUAGGAUAAAGGCAAGGCAGGUGAUACAUAUUGGUGGUUUAGUGAGAGUGGACCUUAUUCAAGCUUCUGUAGAAACAAUUUAUUUCACAAUUUGGGCCUCACCAAAUAUUUCUUUACAUAUGGGGAAGAUAGAAAAUGCUGAGGAGACUUGGAGGAAACAUGUCGGCAUUAGGUUGCAGCCUCCUAUUGGCAUUGAUCGCGCUGCUGAUAUAGGAAAAUGGGAAGAAAGGGAAAUCAAAGUGUCUGGAGCAAGUUGGGAUGUAAAUAGCAUUGAUAUUGCUGUAGCUGGUUUAGGCUGGUUUUCUUUAGGACUUAAAGGGGAAGCAACUUUGGCAUUAUGGACAUAUGAUGGUAUUGAAAUUACUCUGAGGGAACCAUUGAUUCUUGAUAGGGCGCCAUCGCUCGAGAGACCUGGGUUUUGGCUUCCAAAAGCAAUAUCGGAGGCUCUUGGUGCUCAGAGUAAACUUGAAGCUCAAAGGAAAAAGCUAGAAAUGGAAAAUGCAGAUUCACUUUCUGAGGCUGUUAAUUGAAAUGAGGAUGAGAACGACAACUGGCACAAGAUAGAUCCUGUACUUCUGAGAAGCCAGUUUUGAGUGUUACAAAGGAUCAGAUGUGACUUCUCAGCUUGAAGUACUGAAUUUUGAUGCGGACAGGUUUCCUUUCUAUCAUGAAUUCAUAAUAUACAAUGCUUUCCCCGUAGAGUGGAGGAUUUUGAUGACGGCUUCUUUCAUGAUGAUUACGUUUAAAAUUAGUGUAUAGUUGUGCUGGGCAGUUGUACUGUUGUAUACUUGUAUUACUCAGACUCACUUCUAUGCUUAUAUUCAACUGAUACUUUGCUCAUCAGUAAGCUUUCAAAAGCUACUUGGAGAUGUCCUUUUAGAUCCUUGAUUGUAAGAACGGUAUAUUUGGGUCAGAUGCGUAUGAAUUUUUU